UGUGCUCGUGGCUCGCAUGCGGUGAUUGUGUAAGGGUGAGACUGCGGUAUGGCGAGAGUAUAUGAAUGGCCAAAGGAUCAGGAACCCCCCGCUUUGGUUCCUUGGUUGAGCGAGUUUGCGCGCCUAUUGACGAGUCGUUGUUGCCCCGGCUCAUUGGGAAAAGCAGGAAUGUAGGGAUUAUGCGUCUUUUGUCGUCCUUGAAAGCGUCUUUGACCUGCUCUUUUCUUCCCGCUAUAAACGUCGUCUCUGCCUACCUUGUUGUUUCGUCUUUCACAACAUAUCAACCUCUCGUUCACCCAGUCGGAAACUAGCGAUGGAUCACAACAUGGCGAUGAGUUCCAUGAGCUCUAUGAGCAUGGCAAUGAGCUCCAUGAGCAUGGCAGUGUAUGGUAUGGCCACGACUGCCACGGGAGUGUCUAUGCCGAGCAGUACAGGCAUGUCCAUGGCAACAUCAACUGCGACGAGCAGUGGGAUGGGUGGAAUGAGCAUGGGCGGCAGUGGUUGCAAGAUUAGCAUGUUAUGGAACUGGAACACUGUUGAUGCAUGCUUCAUCGCUCGCUCAUGGCGCAUCACUUCCAAGGGUAUGUUCGCCGGCUCCUGCGUCGGUGUGGUCCUCCUCGUAAUCCUCCUCGAGUUGCUUCGCCGCGCUGGCAAGGAAUACGACCGCUUCAUCGUCGCACAACACGCCAAGUCGCUCGCUGCGAAUGUUCCUACUUCCUCGAGUUCGUCUGAUACUGGUACUUCGAAGAUACCCACAACCUCUACUGCUGCUUGUACGCCCACAACCGCCCAAACGUUUCGCCCUAGUGUAUUGCAGCAGGCAAUACGUGCGCUCUUGCACACAUGCCAGUUUGCAGUCGCCUACUUCGUCAUGCUACUCGCCAUGUACUACAACGGAUACUUUAUCAUUUGUAUCUUCAUCGGCGCAUAUCUUGGCUUCUUCAUCUUCGGCUGGGAGGGCUUCAAUGUGAGCAAGGGUGGGAAGGAUCGGAUGCAGGCGGACACAACUGUGUGCUGUGGUUGAGAUGAAGUACAGGAUUAGGAUCCUUGACUGGUUAUGAGUCACUAAUAGGCAAUGGCCAAGUACACGCUGUCCAGGCUGAAUGUUCCUGCAAGCUAUGUCUGGUUAUACUUAAAGGAUAUAUGAAGUUGCUGCAGUUUAGGGGGAACGAUAACUCCACCCCUUUACGAUUAGCACAGACAUGUUCAUGGAAGGAAAAAGCCAAUUUACAAGAGUGCUAUCGAUUUGAUCGAUUACAGAUGGUAUCAUGUGUUGACUAACGCCUCUCAUCCCAAAGCUCCAUCCCAUCGUUCGCCCCGUGGUUGUCAUUAGCCAGUAACUCCGCCCAGAUAUCUCAUCUCCCCACAAAAACUACAAUG